UAACAGCAAUGCGUGCGCACAAAUUCCAUAAUAAAUAGCGCAACGCAACGCAACACCCAGCAAAGCGCUCCAGACACGCUUCCAGGCCCACAUCCAGCACCCAUCAUGGAACAGAUGACCAAGAAGGAGACCAUUGCCCUUCGGGACAAGCACAUUGGAAAGUCAUGCCAGUUGUUCUUCCGUCAAGAUCCGUUGAAGAUAAUGAGGGCGAAGGCCCAGUACAUGUAUGACGAGAAAGGCGACGCUUAUUUGGAUUGUAUCAAUAAUGUGGCACAUGUGGGUCAUUGCCACCCAGCCGUUGUGGAAGCCGGCUGUCGUCAAAUGUCAAUCCUCAACACCAACAACCGCUUCCUGCACGACAACAUCGUCCUUUGCGCCCAACGCAUCAUCAACACAAUGCCUGACAAACUCUCAGUUUGCUAUUUUGUCAAUUCUGGCUCAGAAGCCAACGAUUUGGCUCUGCGUCUUGCGCAAAUUCACACCGGAAAUCGUCAAGUCAUCACUUUGGAGCAUGCGUACCAUGGCCAUUUGACUUCGUUGAUUGACAUUUCCCACUAUAAGUUUAAUCUUCCUGGUGGGCCACCACAGAAAGACUAUGUCCAUGUGGCUUCCUGUCCCGAUACUUAUCGAGGAAAGUACCGCGAUUCCGACUAUGCCAAAGAAGAACUGUCAAAACUAUACUCUGACGAAAUUUUGACAAUCUGCCAAAACGUUUCGUCCGAAAAAGGUGAAAAAAUCUGCGCCUUUAUUGCUGAAAGUCUGCUAAGUUGUGGCGGUCAAAUUAUCCCGCCUGAUAAUUACAUGAAAAAUGUCUACGAUCACGUCCGACAAAAUGGCGGCGUUUGCAUCGCCGACGAGGUCCAAGUCGGCUUUGGACGUUUGGGUAAACACUGGUGGGGUUUUCAAAUGCAUGACGUCAUCCCAGAUAUUGUAACAAUGGGUAAACCCAUGGGUAAUGGGCAUCCCAUUGCUGCAGUGGUGACAACUGAAGAAAUUGCCGAAAGUUUUCGGCGAACUGGAGUCGAGUACUUUAAUACGUAUGGUGGUAAUCCUGUUUCGUGCGCCAUAGCCAACGCUGUUUUUGACACAAUCGAGAAGGAGAAUUUACGAGAGCAUGCACUCGUCGUUGGAGAAUAUUUAUUUGACAGCUGUCAAAUUCUCGCCAAGAAACACGCCUGUAUUGGCGAUGUGCGUGGUGUUGGUUUGUUUCUGGGGAUUGAAAUGGUUAAGGACCGUGAUUUGCGCACGCCUGAUAAGGCCACAGCCAGCUAUGUGCUAAAAAGGAUGAGGGAGGAGCAUAUUUUGGUCAGUGCUGACGGUCCGGAAUGCAAUGUUAUAAAAAUAAAACCCCCAAUGGUUUUUACGAAGGAAAAUGUGGAUGAGGUUGUUUCCACUCUUGAUCGUGUUUUGAAGGAGUUGAGGGAUAGUCAGCAGAAAUCGUCGAAUGUGAAAAGCACUGAAGUUCCGAGUAAAGAGCCUCGGACGCGGAAGUCGCUCAAGGAGGAUAGGAUUAAGUCGAUUUAAUUUAUUGUUCAGUAUUUUGUAUGUUUUCUGUGAAAAUAAAACUAUUGUGAAGCUAA